GUUGAGGGAAGCGUUGUCGUUGUGGCAGCUAUUGUCAGUAUUUUCACCUGUUUACAGAGGCACUUUUUAUUGGUUAUUUAGUCUAUGGCACAGGACAAACUUCGUCAUUCGGUAGUUUGUAUUUAAAGGGGAUGAAAAGAAUCAAAAGGAAGAAACAAAACGGAGGAGUUGGGGUGAAUGGAUCUGGCACAAGAGAACCAAGUUCUGGGAGGAAACAGAAGCUGACUGAGAUCCAUCAGGCUUUGAUCAGUGACCCGGUGGACAUUCAGACCCUGAGGAGCGCAGCAGCCAGUAGAGGAGGCCUGCUCACUGAUGACCUGAGGAGGAAAGUGUGGCCUAAACUACUAAACAUAAAUGUGUAUGAUCUGCCGUAUAAACCUGGUCGGGAUGUGAGGGAGAACCACAAAGACUACAACCAAGUAGUUCUGGAUGUCAGGAGAUCCAUGAAGCGCUUCCCUAAAGGGAUGCCGGCUGCAGAGAGAGCAGUGCUUCAGGAGCAACUCAUUGACAUCAUACUGGAGAUUCUGAAACGUAACCCCCAGCUUCACUACUAUCAGGGCUACCACGAUGUGGCCGUCACUCUGCUGCUGCUGGUCGGGGAGCGAAUGGCCAUCGCCAUGCUGGACACGCUUUCCAAUUAUCACCUCAGGGAUUUCAUGGAUCCCACCAUGGACAGCACCAAACACAUCUUAAACUAUCUGAUGCCUAUUUUGGAGCAGGUUGAUUUGGAGCUGCACGACUUCAUGAUCAGAGCCGAGGUCGGAACCAUCUUUGCACUUUCGUGGCUUAUCACGUGGUACGGACACGUCCUGUCAGAGUUCAAACACACCCUGAGACUCUACGACUUCUUCCUGGCCUCACAUCCACUGAUGCCCAUCUACCUCGCCGCCACGAUUGUGUUGCACAGAGAGAAGGAGGUGAAGCAGACAGAGUGUGACAUGGCCAUGGUCCACCACCUCCUCUCCCGCAUCCCCCAGGAUCUCCCGUAUGAAACUCUGAUUGGCCAGGCCCAGGACCUGUUCGACCAGUACCCUCCAUCAUUACUGGCCAAGCGGGCGGCGCUGCAGUCUCGCAAGAGCCUGUCCAUCAGCACCUUCCAGGCGUUUCAGCUCUCCACCCUCCACCAGAGGCCAGACUCUGUUCUCCAACGCCUCACCAAGGCCCAGGGCUCCACCACCUCCAGACACGCCUCUCGACACACAGGCCUGGAAGCAGCUUUGCCUGGGGACCGAGGCCAGCUGUGGGGGAAGGGGAACAGGAUGGUAAAGAUGGCAGUGUGGGGGCUGUCCGCUACGCUCGGGGUGGCCGUGUUCGCCGUGGCUCAGACCGCCAUGGACUGGGGACCCGAGGUGUUGCUUCAGCUGUUCUGACGAGAUGGUGGGAAAUAUAGGCUGGACGACACACAAACACACACGCCGACACGUGGCGACAGCAGACGCACACAUCUGCCCUCACGAUGGAUCGACAAUAUACAGACUCUUGAAAACUUGGGAAAAAAAGGAGUUGUUAUGUUGGUGCCAAACAGGUUGUUGCUGCUCAACCACAGUGAACAUAUGUUAUCAACUAGUCAGCCUCAGGAUUUGUAUGCAUGUGUGUGAGCAGGUGGGUGUAUGUGGAUGGAUUACUGAACAGGCCUCCUGUGAACAGUCCCAGGAGCCCAAGUGGUAAUUUCACGACAAAGUGAUGCGAAACAGUCACAAGUAGAUGAAAAAAAAGCUCCAAAGAGACUUAGAACAAUCACAAAAAGACGCAAAAUGACCACAAAGACACACGAAACAACUAGAAAUGGAUGCAAAACAACUACAGAGACACAAAAAUAACCAAAAAGACACGCAAAACACUCACUGCAUUUUGGUGUCUCCUCCAGUCUGGCUGUCUGGACCCUGUGUAGAGGGGAGUCUAUGCAUGUCUUCACCCAGGGGCCCAUUAUCUCAGAACCCGACCAUGCAUGUGAGACGCUCCAACACAUCACGCUCUUUCGGGCUGCGGUAACAUUUUUGCAUGCGUCUUUGUUUCUCGUCAGUCGGAUUAUUUUGCUGAUAACUUGUUUUUAGACAGUCACGCAUGUUUCGUGCACUUCAGUUGAAAAAAAUGUGUUUUCAGUGCGCUCGUUGGAUCAGCAGCCAUAUCUGAGAGCCAAAAGUGCCCGUAGCCAGCGCGAUGACACAUGAAUACAAAUUAUUAACGAGCGGUGUUUCCUGCUGAAAGCUUCUGGUUAUGAGCGAAGACGGAGAGCGGGAGAGAAAGAAAGAAAGAAGGCGCGAUAGAGGGAGAGAAUUUGCCUGUGAGCCCUGUAUUAAUUGCUUUACUCCAGGUGUUAGCGACUUGCAUUUACAGUAGAGCCUGACACACACUAAACGAGCUGUUGCUGGCCCAAUACGCUGCACACAGUUAACGCGCCGCACUCGGUGCAAGCGGUGGGGAUUUUCCAGAUGCAUUUUGCAGGAGCUCUUGAAAUCCAUAUUUUUUUUUUUUUUAGAAUCUAUUUUUUAAUGUUUUUUUUUUAGUAGUUUUCUAGCUGUUGGAGGCCAACGACUGCUGAAUGAAUAUGGGGAAGACACCAGUACUUUUGCAGUCUUGAAAUAUUUAGCAGGUUUGUGCCAACAUCCACCCUGAGCAGCCGACAACAGAGCUACAGUACACGGGCUCCCCAACGUCAUAUUUCUCCUGAACAUUUUACAACUUAAAAAUGAUUUUACAGCUUUAUUUGGUGAGUUUUUAUUUGAACUCUUGUGAUAGAGGAAAUUGUGAGUUUAUUUUUUUUAACUUGUGGAAGAAAUUUGGGAUUCCUCUCUCGCCAACACACAUCAGCUAUAGAUAUCGGUGGACCAAACAUAAUCACAGAGUUUCAUAACCUGAAAAGUGAAUAUUAAUAAUACAGGGCGUUUCCACCUGAGGUACACACACACACUCACACAUGUGUAUGGAGGCGUUUUCUCCAAACAGCAAUGCAUGCUCUGUGUGUCGGCUUAUAUUCUGAAAUAUUUAUCAGCUCUUACUAGCAUGUAGCUAAGCUGCUGCUGCUGUUAACACAACUUUAAUGGCACCACAACACUCUCCCCGCCUCCCCCUCCUCUCUGUCAUCAGAUAUAAAUGUGUCACAUGUUCGUCGUGGAGUUGGCCCUGUUGAAUUCUGUUGCUUCGCAGCAUGUGAAAUCAACCGUACACGGUCUUUUGUGCACAAUACGACAGUGAUAAAUGUAUUAAAGACACAUUUCUAGCCUCAGGGUCUCAGGCGUUCGUCAGUUAAAUGCUAACUUUUGAUUGGUGAUAAUCAGUUAGUCAUUUCCUUAGACAGGUGAUCAAUCAAUAAAUGGUCUGUAACCCACCGGCUGGCCUGCAAGCCGGUAAGGAUUCUUACAUGUAGGCAGUUAGUAACCUGCGCUGGUUGUCUGAAAAGCCUGUGCGUUUUUCUGCUGCACAUCCGGUGUAAUUAAACACAUUAAAUGUGCAGCGAUGUGUGUCUGAGUGAGUGAGUGGGAGAUGAAAAACGCUAGCUUUAGUGACAGGCCAGUUUCUUAUAUUUCUUUCGAACUUAUUGGCCGUCUUCUGUGUUUUUAUUUAUUGAAUGCUUUAACGCGCCGAGUGCCUCGUUAUUAGCUGUCGACAGUCAAAUUAUUUAUUUUCAGAGCAACAAUCUGAUUGGCUAUUUAUUGAAAUCUUAAUUGAAAUGUAUGAAUGUGAAUGGAAAAAGUGGAGUAAAAAUGAUUACAGUGGUUUGCAAUUAGCAGCAAUCUGAGGGUUUGUAUUUGUCAAGUUGACCCCGUUAUUUUGGAUAGAAAAUUCUGAAUCAGAGGUUAAAGGAAUAGUUUAACAUUUUGGGAUAAAUGUAUGGGACUGGAUAGGAUACUACUCUCAUGAAGCUGUAGCCAGUAGCGGCUCAGCUUAGCUUAGCACGAAAACUGAAAACUGGGGGAAAGACCCAAAAGUAACGAAAGCUGCCUGUCAGCACCUUUAAAGCGCACGGAUGAGCAUCUUACAUCUAAAACCAAAGUGUAGAAACAACAGGUAGCAGUUUUAUUGAGAAAUGAGAGUGAUAUCUAUCAUCUAUUCCAUGAAAUCUUUGUAUCGUGUGUCACCUCGUAGAUUAAAACAACAAUCACAUGGCAUUGCUCAGUGUAACGUGCACUGUUGUGUGGUGCAUCGUUGGCCCUCUGCAGCGAAGUUAAGUCUGUUACCGUUGGCUGCAAAGUUGUUGUGUGUAAUUGUGCAUCUGUGAUGCUUGGAUACAUGCUUGAUUGAUAUAAAACACUUAUAAUUAGAAGCCAUUUUUCAUGGUUUUUGCUUAUUCACAUUUGGCUGCCUGACUGUAAUAUACUUAGAAACACUCUUUGACCGCUGCCUUUGAUGAUGAUACUGUGUAGUUGUGUUUGUGGCACGUAGACAAAGACGAACACACACACAGAUUCCAGGAGAGACUGGUGGUGGUGCCAGAUCCUAAUGAGGGUUUAAUUCCUGCCCGUGGCUCUUGGCUAAGACACUUUCUCCUUGUCUUUUUUUUCCCCCCAAUUACAAACACAUUCAACUCCAACAACACCUACACCAGCACCUGCCCUGUUCUCUGGCUGGCACAAGCCUUCAAAAGUGACUGAAGCUUAUUACGUGGUUUGAGUGAAGCCAAUCGGGAUGUUAAAGGAAGAUGAUGGAUGACGGAGAUGCGUCGAGAGUUGUUCUGGGGCUUUAGGGCCUUUCAAAUUUAUAAAUGAAAGCAAUUUAAUCCUAUUAUUGUACGAGGAGUGAAUGCAGAACAGAGAAUCCACGGGAUUUGAUUUCACUGAAGUACAAUAAUUCACCGUUAUUGAUCAGAUUUCUUGAAGAUAAUUUAGAAAAUCACAGGUCGAUUACUUUUUAUACCCCGAUUUUGAUGCUUUGUAGUUACAGUUUCUUAUUUUUUUACAUCUCCCUUGAAGUCACAAGUCACAUCCGUAUUGAAUAUUUGAGGCUUUUUCUUUGCACUUCAGCUACUAUUGCCAAAACAAAAUGCUGUAGAUGAUUUUUUGGAAACGUUUUAGCAAUCUGACCAGAUGUGCUUCAUCUUUUUGUUGAUUACAUAACAGGUGAAGCAUUUUUUAAAAAUCUAUAGAUAUAUAACAAAAGCAACAGCAAAGAAAACAUGAAAGAAUAAUAGUAUGAUAAAGGACAAUGUUGAUGCAGGAUUUAGAUUUUACAGUUGUUUGAUAAAGAGCCCAAAAAUGAGCUUCCACUGAGCUUGUGACUGCUUUGUUCUCUCUUUAGUUGUACGUUAGUACACGUGGUUCUUUGGUAUUUUAGUGCAUGCUUCCAAUGACGGUUUCUAAAUAUCUGGUACAAACUGUAUCCUCGAACAUAUCAGUCUCUCUGCACCUUGUACUUAUUGUACUGAUCUGUGUUUCACAUGUGGAUGGAGAUGUUUUCAUACAUGGAAUGGAACAGUGAAUAAAUACGAAAGAAAAAGAAAA